ACUGUAAUAGUGAUAAAGUCUUCGAUUAUUUUUAUAUAAAAGGAAAUAAGUUAGCAUUGAAACCAUUCUCAAGUUUACACUCGAGGAAUUAACAAUUCAAAAUGGUCUUCAAAGCCGUACUUUUCGUCUGCGCUCAGGCUCUUGUGAUGCAGUCCAUCGCUGGACAGUGCUAUGCCGGGGCUCCGUUGGGUGCUAUCGGCGCCGGCUGGGCCGGGUCUCCGUGGGGCGGUAUCGGGGCUCCGUGGGGCGGUAUCGGGGCUCCGUGUGGCGGUAUCUACGGCGCCGAGCUGGUCGCCACUCCUGCGUUUUCCGGCGGCGCCCUGCCAGUGGCCAGCGCCUCCGCUAUCCCACCGAACGGAGUUUCCGUGCUAUCUGAGAACGUUUAUGCAGGAGAGCUCGUCGCUCGCGGCGCUCUGCCGUUCUUGGGAACUGCGGCUCUAGAGGGCGUCCUGCCGACUGCUGGUGCUGGCGCGGUCGCGUACGGUUGCGGCAACGGAGAGGUCGCUAUGCUGACUGAGGGCAUUGGCGCUGCUGGUAUCGCUGGCCCGCUCGGCUAUGGCGCCGCUCUUGGUCCCAACGGCUACGGCUAUGACGGUCUGGGCUAUGGCGCCGGUAUUGGCUCAUUGGGCUACGGCUACGGCUAUGAUGGUCUGGCUCGCGGUGGUUGCGGGUACGGACGUGCUUUCAUCUAAGAAAUCUAAGAAAAAUGACGAUGUUUUCAAUAAACUGAUCAAUAAACUGAACUGAAGCAUUA